AUGGAAGUUUUUCUUCGCUUGGGCGCAGCUGGAGUGAGAUGGGCUGUUCAGAAGGCCGCGGCUUCUGCGCCUUCGUGGGCCCAGCUCCCCCCCACUUGCCGCGAGGCCGUGGCGCACGCGCAAUGCUUUGCGUUGCAGGCAGCCCGCCGCUGGACCUUCGUGGCCAAGGGCCGUUCUGUGCAUGCUGGGCGUGGUUCUGCUUGGGCUGUUUCGCGGGAGUCGCUAUCUCGGCGCUCCUCGCGGCGUCGGCUGCCCUUUGGCGCCCGGGCCUUUUGCAGCCCUGGUCUUCCCGGCUCCGCACGUAUGCCGCUGUGCGUGGCGCGCGGCGGCGCCAGGGAGUUGGAAAGCUUGGCCAUGGCAGCGGGGAUGUCCGCGCCGGACCUGCUGAGCAGCCUUCUGCCACCCCCCGGCCCGAGCGAGGAGCAUGAUCUCGCGCCGGCUUGCGCCCCUCGUGCCCGCCAGGUGCGCCGCCACGCUCGCCGCCCCAUCGCCGGGGCAGGGGCGCCAGGCCGCAUCCGCGCAGCUGGGGCCGCUCGCAUAUCGCGCGCUCCCGGCGGCCUUUGUGCGCCCGCAGAUGUGCGGAGAAACCCAGCCCUCCAGAGGGCGCGCGGCGCGCCAGUCGGGGCGCCCGCCACGGCCUGGACGAAACGUGCGGCUGCUGGUUCUGGGGGGCGGGGGGCUUGGAGGGACGAGCGCGCGGGCAGCGAUCCUUGGAAGGGUUGCCGAGCCAACGAAGCCCGCAACCCGGGGCGGCUGGAAUCGGACAAGGGGCCUGCAGCGAGCCGCCAGGCCCAUGCAUCUCUGCCCUCGCAGGGGCGUCCUGUGGGUGGCGCACGCCCAGUCUCUGGAGCGAUGCAGGGGACAGCGACUGCGUCCUCCUCUCCGCAGCCCCGGGGCUGGCGCCCCCAGAUCAUGUUGGUGAGCUGCCGCCGUGCCGACGACGCCAGCAGGACCGGCGCCAUCCCUGCGCGGAGUUCUUGGCUGUGCGUGCCUUUGCUCCGUGCCGCGGCGGGCACGCUGCAGGCGGACGCUGCUGCCCGUUGGGCCGCCCACGCAAUUGCGGGCCACCGCUGGCGGGCUUUGGUCGCUGCCCUACGGGCGCACGAGCCUGUGCCGGCGGGCGCUUUACACGCCAUGUUCUUCACCGCUGCGACGGGCAGCGACGACGCUGCCUUGGACGGGCAAGAUGUCGCGUCCGCUGCCGCGUUGAGACGCCUCCCGUUGGUGCACACGCUUUCGCUCAGCGAGGCAGUCGCGGCGUGCUCCGCGUGUGAUGGCUACCUCCCGGCCACAGCGCGGCUGUGUUGCUUGAGGCCUAUGGCGGCCUACCUGUUGCCGCUGAGGCUUU